GUUUUUGCAUUCAGUAAUGGCGUCAACUUCCAAGAAGGUAACAUUGAAGAGUUGGGAUGGAGAGAGUUUUGAAGUGGAAGAAGCUGUGGUACUUCAGUCGCUGAUGAUCAAAAACAUGAUCGAAGACGGUUACGCCAACCAAGAAAUCCCUCUCCCUAACGUCACCGGCAAGAUAUUAUGCAAGAUCCUCGAGUAUUGCAAGAUGCAUGUGGAUGGGGAAAAUAACUCGGAUGCUCUUGAGAAACUUAAAACUUGGGAUUCUGAUUUUGUCGAUGUUGAUCAAAACACCCUCUAUGACCUCAUUACGGCUUCCAACUUCUUGAAUAUAACGAGCUUGCUGGAUUUGACAUGCCAGAAAGUGGCAGAUAUGAUCAUGGGAAAGUCACCCGAAGAGAUUCGAACAACCUUCAAUAUCAAGAACGAUUUCACUCCUGAGGAAUAUGAAGCGAUAAAGAAAGAUGACGCCUGGGCUUUUGUUUGAGAAGGGUUUAGGGU